AUGAGGUCAUUAAAAUUAGGCAAACAGCAUUUGCAGGUCAAUGCACGCCGAUGGGCGUGUGACGCCCCAAGAGUCAUUAGCAACGAUUUCCGGAGUGGAGUUUGGAAGUUGGAAGGUGCUGUCAGCGCCUCAAAUGACACUCGCUUUAUGUUUGCACUGAACGGAGCGGGAACGGGGGAGAAGGAAAAAGUUUAAUUAAUUGCAUUCAGUUCAUUUCUACACUUUUUCGCUGGGAAAUGGAAAUUUGUCGGAACUUGAACGCUUGGAACAAACACGACGCCUCUCUUCCAUAGUUCGGAACAGUGUCGGCGAAAGAGGCUUGCGUGUUUGCCUUGGAUUUUCCAACAGUGCUGCGAGUUCUGGACGUGUUGUAGUAGUGGUAGUAGUAGUAGCAGUAGUAGUUGUUGUUGUAGCAGUAGCACCAAACGACCUAUAAACCUAGAACACAGCCCCACAAAACUAGCGCACCGUGGGCGGUAAGGGUUUCUCUUUCUACCCCCAACGCACCAGGUCCCACCGCCCUACCGCUCCCACAAACCUUCCGGUGCUGUUACCCGGUGCUCCUGCCCGAAGUUGGGUGUUGUUCGCCAGUACCAGUUCGUCGCGAACGUUCGCCCCCGGCAGGAUGUCGGACUUUGUGCGCGAUAUGCGCAAUCACAAGAUAGUGCCGGACGUGGUGCCGGUCCCGCCCGAGAGCCUCCUGCACGUGACCUAUCCCGGCGGGCUGCGCGUCAACCUUGGCAACAUCCUCACCCCGACCGAGGUGAAGCACGUGCCGGAGGUGGCCUGGCCGGAGGCGGAACCGGACGCCUACUACGCGCUCGUGCUGACCGAUCCGGACGCGCCGAGCCGGACGGCGCCCAAGUUUCGCGAAUGGCACCACUGGCUGGUGGUGAACAUACCCGGCAUGGACCUGGCGAAGGGGGACACGCUGUCGGAUUACAUUGGCGCAGCGCCGCCCCGCAAAACUGGCCUCCAUCGGUACGUGUUUCUGCUGUACCGGCAGAACGAGCGGAUCUACUACAAGGAGUCACGGCUGUCGAACAGAAGCACCCAGGGUCGGGGCAAGUUCUCCACGCACAAGUUUUCGGAAAAGUACGAGCUGGGGCUGCCGGUGGCGGGGAACUUCUUCCAGGCCCAGUUCGAUGACUACGUGCCGAAGCUGUACCGUCAGCUGGGACACUUUCAAAACGCAUUCUAAAAGCUGCCAACAGUGCGAAGGAUGAAAGAUAGAGAGAGAUAGAGAGACAGAGGGAAGAAAGUGCGCAUCAACUUGCGACUAGGGGUCGUUCAACUUUCGGGGUCAGAAGCAGGAUCUUUCUCGCGAUCGGUUGAGAGGAUAAUGAUAAAGUGCGAUGCUCGUGGUCUGCUGCGCAAUAAAAACGCACACACGCACACAUUCGCACAGACAGACAGACAGGGACGAACGGUGAAGAAACAGUUCACAGCAUCUGUGAGCUCUGUGGGGAGGAUGAAAGGAUUUGUGAAGCUAUAGCUAAAAAGGAGAGAAAAAAAGCCCAAACGAGUGGCUGGCAUAGGGCAGGAUACAUAGGGCAUGGGAUGGAAAUGAUCAUCUCGAGAGGGCAGAAUGGCAUACACAACAUACACACAAAGACGUGCUUCGCAGAUCGAUUUAACGUCGUCUCACCUGUGGUGCCGCUGCUGUUGCCAUGGUGCCUUCGGAAGGGAUCUUUGCCACCGAGCGGACAAUUCUGGCGAAGGGCGAAGGCUGCCAGCCUGCUGCUGCAUCCCCAAGUAUCCUUCGCCGAGCCGUGGAAAGGCAGACAAAAACAAGGAUAAAGCGAAAAGAAAAACGAAAAUUAAUAAAUAGCAAGAAGCGAAGAAGAAAAGCGCAAACAAACAAAGAAAAAAAAACGGAAGCAGAAGAAACGAUUUUAUGUAAAACAAAGAUCCCCAAAGAUAUGUGGUAGUAUAGGUAGAGUGAUUUAGCAUAUAACGUUGUACGAUCAUCAAGUCAGACAGUCAGAAGAGAUGAAAAAAUAAGAGAAAAACAAGCACUAGCGAAUGUACGUUUGCACGUUGAGGAAGGGCAGUGGAGUGAUGAGAGAGAGAGAGAGAGAGAGAGAAAAUACGUCGAUUUUAUUAUUCUUAUUACUGUUUAGUCGCAAGUUCCGGCAAUAGGUGUUAUGUGUUACCCGAAAGGGCGAUAGCGGUAGGGUAGGAUAAAACGGGGUGCCAGCCUUGCGCUCACACACAGGGCUCACGCUAUGUGUACGUGUAUGUGUGUGUGUGUGUUGCAGACGAUGGAACUGCGACCUCUUGGAGUGUUCAAUAAAAAUUUGCGACCUCUUCGUGCGCACACGGCAGUGCUGGGCGGAAGGGGCCAAUGUAUCAUUGUAUCGUAUCGGUGUCCUUUUACGUACCCGGUGAAGCUUGCUGCGUGCGUGAGAAAAGGGCAAGAAAGGGGCACAAUGUUGCAAGCGCGGCUGUGCGGCUGGAAAUGGAUUGGUGCUGUUGGGAUGGAGCGAAGGAUUUGGACUGGGUUUGGAUGUGUUUUUUGCUCAAAGGCGGCGGUUUCCACAACGCAGGAUGUAAGUUCGAUUCUCAGCUCCGAUCGCUCGUCUCCUCGUGUACGGUAUGAUAACAAAAAGGGGUUUGUAAGACUUGUGUAGAAAGAAGGCACCAUAACCACACAUUGUAGAUCAUUGUCCCGUGGAGAAGAAGGAUCAUUUUUCGUUGUUUUAUAUUAUUUAUUUAUUUAUCUUUUCCAUUACAACGGUACAUGUUUGAGUCAU